AUGGCCACAGUUUUUGUUAAGUACAAGUUUACAACUUUCAGAAGCAAAAUUGCUCCAAAUGCCACUCUAAAUGACGUUCUCUCACAAAGUUUAGAUCAUUUCAAUGUAUCCAAGGAUGGAUCCUACCAUUUUUUGAGGAACGGUAAGAAAAUCGAAUUGAAUGUCCCAUGGAGGCUACUGAAUCUCCCUGCUGGUGCUAAGUUUGAGCUUAUUGACGUUGAAACGAAGGAGAACUCAGAGAAACCCAUCAAGAUACGAUUCCAAAUUGAUGGGUUCGGUUCAAUGAUUAGAGAGGUACAGGCUCAAGACGUAUUUCUAAAAACUUUACAAAGUUUGCAACAAGAAAAGAAGUGGGACUUUAAUUUAAGAGAUAUUAGUGUGCGUGUUUUCAACAAGGCAGUGUAUUAUUCAGAAUUGGAAAAUAUGUCAUUUGCAUCUUUAGGUUUUGUGGAACCAACGUCUGUUCGUAUUGGCUUCAUUGACGCUGCUGCUUCUAGCAUCCAGUUGAAAGAUACUGAAAUGGAAAAUCCAAUGCCAGAAGCUUCGGUUGCACCAAUAAAGGAAGAUGUGCAGGUCUCUCCAGAGCCACAUGUAAUUCACAAACCUACAGCAUACAUUCCAUCUGAGGAGUCAAUUAUAUCUCAAUUAAUAACACAAGACGAAGGCGAUGAUACUUAUGAGUUGACAGUCGACCAGGCAAGAAGAUAUCAGCAGAUUUUAAGUAACAAAACUGGCUCUUUAGGCGGACCACUUCUUACAAAAAGGUUAAGAGAACAAAGGGAACUAGAAAUGAGAGCGAAAAGAAAUGCCCUCAAGGAAUGUUUUAUAAGAAUUAAAUUUCCUGAUUUGACUUUCUUAGAAAUUGUUUUUAAGCCAUCAGAUACAAUGAAGAUUGUGUACAACGAAGUUUCAAAAGCAUUAAUUGAUGAAGAUAUGGAAUUCACUCUUUUCCAAACACAUCCAAUGAAAGAGCUCUCAGCUGACGACAGUUUAUUAGCAGAUGAUCUGGAAUUCGGUUCAAAAACUGUUUUAUUAUUCAAAUCAAUUAAUUCAAAUCAAGAACUUUUCCUACGAUCUUCCAUAUUGCAACACGCCAAGAAGCUAAAUGACUUAAAUGAGGUGAAAAUUGACCAAGGUUCAGUUUCAGCUACUAAGGUAGACGAUGAGAGCUCUACAAAAGUGUCGAAAACCAAAGCAUUGAAUAAAAUUCCAAAAUGGUUGAAGCUAGGUAAAAAAUGA